AUGUUGGAAGGCCAGUCAAGAAUCGUAAUAAGCGGAGCCGGCCAAGGCAUUGGAAGAGCUAUAGCUCGUCAUUUCGCAUCUCGGGGCCACAAGAUCUUCAUCCUUGAUCUCAACGAGGAUAAUGUCCGGCACACAGCUGAAGAGCACUUAAAAGAACACUCGGACCGCGUUGGUUGGUCUCGAUGUAACCUCCGCAGUGUUGAAGACAUCCGCUCCACUGUCCAGAAGGCCGCAAAGUUUCUCGACAAUCGCAUCGACUAUUUGAUCAACAAUGCUGGCAUCUCAUACCCCUACUGGCCGGACGGGAAGACCAUGGCUGACGAGUCCGUCCUGGACAAGUGGCAGGUGUAUGUGGAGACCAACCUCACAGGUCCCUUCGUCAUGUCUCAAGCAUGCAUCCCUUUUAUGAAGGUCGACCGGCAAGAAGAUAAGGAGAAGCUUCCCGGGUCCAAGGUUGGGACGGCAGGGCCUUGUAUCAUCCAUGUCAGCAGUAUUCGCGCCAUGAUUUCAGACCCCAAUCAGGAGGGCUAUGCUUCGACAAAAGCCGGGUUGCUCGGACUCACUCAGAGUAUGGCAGUCUCCCUACAGUCAUUUGGCAUCCGGGUCAACAUGGUAUCCCCGGGGCGAAUCAAGGUAACCCAUGAGAAUCCCUCUGCUGAUGAACACGGAGAGGAUUGGUCCGUGGAAGAAGAUGAUGUCAACGUGCACCCUGCCAACCGAGCCGGUUUGCCCGAUGAUAUUACUGAGGCAUGUGAAUACCUGCUGGGUGCAGGUUUUGUGACGGGUCAAAAUCUGGUUGUCGAUGGCGGAGUGAGUAAGGUGAAGGGUAAGGCGUAA